CCCUUCCAUCGGGAAAAAGCUUCAUAUCUACUCAAGCACCGCAAAUCUAUCAUCGACAUGUCAAACCACGUCCCCGAGAAGCAAUGGGCUCAGGUGAUUGAGAAGACCGGAGGCGAAAUCACAUACAAGGAGAUUCCAGUACAGAAACCGGGUCCGGAUGAGGUUCUGGUGAACAUCAAGUUCACUGGUGUCUGCCACACUGAUCUACACGCAUGGCAAGGCGACUGGCCACUAGACACAAAACUUCCCCUGGUUGGUGGACACGAAGGCGCUGGUGUUGUCGUGGCUACUGGUGAUCUUGUAGAAGACGUCAAGCUUGGCGAUCAUGUAGGCAUCAAGUGGCUCAAUGGAUCCUGUCUUUCUUGCGGCUUCUGCCAGCAGUCCGACGAGCCCUUAUGUCCCAAACCACUCCUCUCCGGAUACACAGUCGAUGGAACAUUCCAACAAUACGCCAUUGGCAAAGCUGCACACGUCGCCCGCAUCCCCAAGGAUCUCCCACUAGACGCCAUUGCGCCCAUCCUCUGCGCCGGUAUCACCGUCUACAAGGGCCUCAAAGAGUCUAAUGCUACUCCCGGACAAUUCGUCGCCGUUGUAGGAGCCGGUGGUGGUCUCGGCAGUCUCGCACUUCAAUACGCCAAAGCCAUGGGUCUCCGAACCAUCGCCAUCGACACGGGCGACGAGAAGAAGGACAUGUGCAGCAAGCUCGGAGCUGAAGCAUUUGUCGACUUUGCCAAAUCCUCAAACGUGGUCAAAGACGUACAAGCCGCUACCCCCGACGGUCUAGGUCCCCAUGCCGUUCUCCUCGUUGCCGUCAACGAGAAGCCCUUCCAGCAAGCUGCUGAGUAUGUGCGUCCUCGUGGCACUGUAGUCUGCAUUGGUCUUCCUGCCGGCGCCUACCUCAAGGCUCCGGUCUUCGAGAGCGUGAUCAAGAUGGUUACCAUCAAGGGUAGUUAUGUUGGUAACCGUAAAGAUUCGGCAGAGGCUAUUGACUUCUAUGCUCGCGGAUUGAUCAAGGCGCCGUACAAGGUAGUCGGGUUGAGCGAGUUGAAGAACGUAUACGAGAAGAUGCAAAAGGGCGAGAUUGCAGGAAGGUAUGUUUUGGACACGAGCAAGUAA